AUGGCCUCCCUAAGACAGAUACCAGAGGCAGAUAUUGCUGCUGCUUCCCCACGGGAAGUGGGAAGCACCCAGGCUAUUGACACACCUACGAUUCAACCUUAUAUCAGCCCUGCACCAAGCAGGAACCCUUCAUGUUCUCACCAUGCUUCCCCUGCCCCAGCACAAGUGUCUGCGGAGCUGGAUGGUUGGGAUGCGGUGAACGAGGGCCCUAAGAACGCAAAAGAGUACUGGAAGCAGGCGUAUGCUGCUUUGAGACAACCUGACCUGUUGAAGCGGAAAAGAAAUGGCGAUACUGAAAACAAGCCGGCUUGUCACGAUUAUGGCCGCAUGCAGGCGACCGGCGGGGCAUGCUGGCAGUGCCCUGGACCAAUCAGUUAG